UCAUUUUCCCCUGCAUCUCUCUAUGCUGCGCUGACCAUUAAAUACUAAAAAUACAAACUUCUUAUUAUAAAGAACGAAGGCCUCUUCCUUCAUUUUAUGUCUGUUUAUUCUCCAAAAGGUCCUCUCUCCGUCGUCUCUCUAUUUACAUUUUCAUUACCUGGAAUAUCAAUUCUAUCCGUUGAUCUUGAUUUGCAGUGUGACAGAUCUAGGGUUUACAGUUGCGGUUCUCCACCUUUGACAUGCUCAUAUUUGGUGAAUUGUGAACGAAUGAGAUCCUGAAUUCCUGAUCAAAGAAUAAAAAAGAGAGAGAUAGAGAGAGAGAGGUGAGAAAAGAUGAGCGAGGUCCAGAAGUUUCAGCUUGGGACUGUAGGUGCUUUGAGUUUAUCGGUGGUGUCAUCGGUGUCCAUCGUGAUUUGCAACAAGGCGCUUAUCAGUACACUUGGUUUUACUUUCGCUACAACUUUGACGAGCUGGCAUCUCUUAGUAACAUUUUGUUCCCUUCAUCUUGCUUUAUGGAUGAAAUUGUUUGAACACAAGCCUUUUGAUGCACGAGCUGUAAUGGGAUUUGGCAUACUAAAUGGAAUAUCUAUUGGACUUUUGAACCUUAGCUUGGGCUUCAAUUCUGUUGGUUUCUACCAGAUGACAAAACUGGCAAUAAUUCCCUGCACUGUUCUUUUGGAGACUCUGUUCUUCAGGAAGAAAUUCAGUCGUAAAAUCCAAUUUUCACUAGCAAUCCUUCUCGUGGGUGUUGGAAUUGCAACAGUGACUGAUCUUCAACUCAACGUCCUUGGUUCUGUACUGUCUCUCCUUGCAGUUAUUACGACAUGUGUUGCACAGAUUAUGACCAAUACAAUUCAGAAGAAAUUCAAGGUUUCCUCGACCCAACUUUUGUACCAGUCUUGUCCCUAUCAGGCAAUCACAUUAUUCAUCACGGGUCCAUUUCUAGAUGGGCUUUUGACAAACCAAAAUGUCUUUGCCUUCAAAUACACCCCUCAAGUACUGUUCUUCAUCGUUCUUUCCUGCUUGAUAUCUGUGUCUGUAAACUUCAGUACGUUUCUGGUGAUCGGGAAAACUUCUCCAGUCACUUAUCAAGUCCUAGGACAUUUAAAAACAUGCCUGGUUUUGGCCUUCGGUUAUGUUCUCCUUCGUGAUCCAUUCAGCUGGCGCAACAUUCUUGGUAUCCUCAUUGCUGUGAUUGGUAUGGUACUUUAUUCAUAUUAUUGCACAAAGGAGACUCAGCAGAAGGCUAAUGAAGCAUCAGCUCAAUUACCCCAGGUCAAGGAAAGUGAAGCCGAUCCCCUAAUUAGUGUGGAACCUGGAAGUGGGAUGUUAGCAGAUGGUGUAGUUCCGAAAGCUCCUGUAUGGAAUUCAAACAAGGAUCUGCAUGCGUGAAGAUUUUGUUAAAUCUCUUAUCAAUUUGUUCGUUACCCCAUAUUUCACCCCUGAUCAAAUUAGUUAUUAAAACUGUUUCCAGCAAUGAAGAUGUUGCUGACAAGGGUCCCCGUGUAUUGUAUGGGUAUUCUGAGAUUACAGCUUCUAUUAUAGCAGUUUCCCAGAGUUUGAAGGGAAAAAGAACAGCUUAUCAUAUAUAGCAGUUUUGGUUAUAUUUUGUAUGAAUCAGGUACGGCGACAGGGAUGAAUAGCGGAAAUUGAUUUGUUGAAUGUAUACUGUUCUUGAUACUAGAAAUUUUUGGUAGUAAUCAUUUCUGAUUAGAGCCAUUUCUGAUACUGGAAAAUGUUGCAAGGCAUGAGCCUGUUGUUGAGACCUGUCUUUGAACAACUGCCUCCUCAAGUUAACUUGCCUAGUUAACAACAGUUUGAAA